UCCCCUCCUAAGUACAUCCAGGGCAAAGGUCGAAACUCCAGCGCUGUACAGAUGCGCACGUGUUUCUGUUUGUUCUCAAUUUCGUCUUCAGCUCUGUUUUUCUUUGUGACAAUGACAUUUUAAAACAUCGGACUGUGCUGUAUGGGGAACCAACUGAUUAUUUUACCAGGGGAAGACCAGAGUCGGAAUGUUAAGAAGAUUUAAGGACAUCUCCUCCUCCUCCAGUAGCAGCGAGGAGGACGAGACGCCGAAACCUGUGAAAAGCCAACCGAAAGGCUGCACCCCUGUCACCGCUGACAAGACGGCCACAGAGAGGAGACCUGCUUUGGAGUGUCCCCAGGAUUUUGUCCCUUGCUCCGAUGACCGCCUCAGCAGACUAACUCUUGACAAGCUGACAGCCCCUAACACUGAGCUUUGGCUGAUCAAAGCACCGGUUGGGUUUUCUCCUAGCAGUUUUUCUGACAAGAAGGUACCUCUGAUUGGUUUUAACACUGUUAAAACUCGUGUAGAUGGAGAGAAGAAAAUCUACAAUGUGCUCAGUAGCCAGAAGGAGCUGCCAAAUACAUGUGUCUUGGCUCUUGAUCAGCAAUGUGACUUAAAGUUAGGCUCACCCUUCUGCGGUAUUUUAAACAUCAGUGAAAAGUGUGACACGAGUAAUACAAGUUUUGUAUCUAAUGCUCUUCCAGCCAUACCAGCCCCUCAAAUCCCACCAUGUCUAAAACAAAGAUUUAUUCCUUUUGGAAGCAUUGCUUCCUCUAAAUCUCCCAGUCUGCUUCAGUCAAAUUUAGAUACUAAUACACACCAUGUGAAAAAGAAGAGGAAAAAAGAAAAGCAUUACAAACAAGUUAAGGAGGAGCCUGAUAUGGUGGAACUAGUGGUCAAAAACAUUAAAGUGGAAGAGAAUGAGAACAUGGACCUACCUGAAUUGUGCAGAAAGAAAAAGAAAAAGGACAAGAAAAAAUAUGUGGAAUAAGGUUAACAGCCGCCUGGGCAUAUUAGGGAAAGGAAAAUACAGCCCUUAUUGCAAGCAGUUGUCUUCAUAUUGUGCCAAAUCAGAUUCUUAAAUACUUUGUUUGUAAGAGUCCGAUUAUGAUUACAUUUUUAGUUUCCCAGUAUUAAAUAAGUAAAAAAAGAAUUUUGUGUGUUCAAUGACUGUAAUCUCAGAAAAGCAUGUUUGUCCCUUGUUACUUAAUGUGUACCAAGUUAUUCACUUAGUGAACUGGUUAUAAAAAAUCUCUCAUCAAAACAUUUUCUUUUUUUUUAAAUAUUUUACUACCCCAAAUGAUUCAUAAUGAUAGAGAAGAAGUUUCAUAUUUUUAUUAAGAAUAAAGUUGAUAGAGUGGGCAACUGUGGGGACAAAUGCUGGACAAAAGCAAACAUCAAAAAGGUGCAUGGAAAAAAUAUGUUAACUGUGUUGUAAAAUCAAUAUGUUGAGUUAUCUAGCUGUAUGCUUGGAACAUACAAAAGUCACGGAUUUUUUACAAAAAUAUUGUCAAAUAAAUAUGAAAAAUCAAAAGUA